AUGAGUAGUUUUAAUGGUAACCACAACGUUGACAUUGUGGGAAAAGCUCACUCCACUUUGGAUAACUUCACCGCUUUCAUCAUGAGUGACUCUGAGUGCCGGCAAAUGGAGCAGCAAACAGCCAUCCUAACAUUUUUCCGGAGCUUAUCAGAGGAACAAAGUGUGGAUAUAAUGCUAGAAGAUGCUGAGCUGAGUUUCAAUCAAAAGAAAAAUGGGGAUAUGACUUUUGAUGAUACUCUGGAGCAGAAAAUAGACUCCUUAUCGUAUGUUAUAUUGCCUGUUAAAGAAAAGAGAAUGAGCUCUAAUGAAGAGGGACAUAUAAUUAUGAAGGAGGCAGGAAAUUACUCAACAGAGGAGGAGAGGAAUCACCUUAACCAAAUAGAGCAAGGUGUUGAUAGAAUAAAUACUGGGCAAAGCACAGCUGUAAACACUGAAAACGCCUCCUCAGAGGAAAAUAAUGUCGAAAAACAUAUUUUUGCACCAAGUCAGGACUGCGAACAUGGCAACAAAGUUCACAGUUGCACCAAUGACUCGCAUGGAGGUUGUAACAUGGCAGAGAACUCACUGGAUCAAUGUGCCUUGUAUGAACCUUUGCAAUCAAAUUGUAAACACAUUUCAGCUGAGUGCACAAAUACUGAUUGUGACCAUGUUACACAAGUCGGUGUUGAGCAGGGUGACACUGAAGGACCCAAUGAGGAGGUGACAAAAGCUUAUGAAAAUGUUCUAACUGCAGAUUUAAUAAGUAGCACUUUAAAAUGUAAUGAGGUGGGUUUUGACGCUGAGGAAUCUACAACCAAAACCGAACAUGAUAGGACUCAGACAAGACCUGCUGUCGAAGAAGAGGUUGAAUCAACAUCGGAGCAAGCUGUGGAGCAAUCAGGUGAUGAAGAGGACCAGACAAGUGUGGAAGAGGACAACAAAGAAGAAGAGAAAAGAGAUGUAUCUCCAGACUCCUCCACCCAGCCCCACCAUCCUCUAAACCAACAAGACGAUGACAAUAAACUUCCACCUGGAUCCAACUACACCAGAGCCACCUUCUCCCCAGGUUCCCCCACAGACAAGCCAAUACAGCUCCCUGCCCUCUUCAGUGGCCUGAGGGUCCUAAGGAAGGGAGUGGUGGGGCCUGAGCAUGACACCGUGUCCCAGAUCAAAUCUUCAUCUCAGGGAGCGAAGAGGGCCAUUUUUCAGGAGAAACAGGGGGACGGAAAGGUUCAGGGAAGCUUCCUGGAUCAAAUCUCCCAGCUCCUAAACCGGGAGAAAAAAGAGAAAGAGAAAGAGAAAGAGGAGAAACAGGAUGAGAGGUUAGAGGAAGUCUGCAGGGAGGAUGAUGAAGAUCAGGAGGACACAAGAGAGAAUGAGAAUGAGGAAAGUCAAGAGCAGGAGAAGGAAGAAGAAGACGUUGAAACAGAGACGUUUGAGUCUAUAAAACCUCCUGUGUCCGGUGCAGAGGCAGCCUUUGACGCCUUCAAGGCCUUCUUCACCCCAAAACCUUUGAAGAGGGACACAGAGGUGCUGAGAGCUCUUUUUGAGAAAAAGACACCAGUGAAGAAAACCCCAUCUGAUGGCAAAUCAGAAGCGUCCACCCCAGGAGAGGGAGAGGAACGAACGCCUGGUCGUCUACAAGCUGUCUGGCCACCGCUCAAAGAGGAAAAGGUUGGGCUGAAGUAUACAGAAGCAGAACACCAGGCCGAUCUUCUGCAGCUGAAGAGAGAAUGCAAAGAGGAGCUGGAGAAGUUACAGGAGGAUUAUGGCCAGGAGAUCUCCAGACUAAGGGUGGAAAACGAGGACAAUGCCGCCCGCCUGAAGUUCACCCUGUCCCAGCUGCAGACUAAGCACUCUCAGGUUGGGAGCCUUCAUCGUGGAGAGUUCAGAGACGUUGCUGUGUCCACGGCAGAUGACAUUUUACACAAAUCUUUCCGUAAUGUCUGCAUCCAGACAGACAGAGAGACCUUUGUGAAGACUCCUGAGGAUGGAGAGGGGACUGGGAGAGCUUGCACCAGCCCUCAGCAGCAGAGGGUGACCCCCAAAAAGCUAGACCUGGCUUCUAUCAGCUUGAGCCUGGCUGGCCAGCGUGAAGGCACAGUGUCUUCCUCUUUAUCAUCAGACCAUCCAUCUCGCACUCUUCUUCCCCCUCCUCCUCCUCCUCCUCCUCCACCUCCUCCUCCUGGAGUACUGCUACAUCCAUCAGAACAUCAACCAGCACCAGCAACCUGUCCAACCAAAACAAACAAUCUGCCCCCUCCUCCACCACCUCUGCCAUGUUUGUCAUCAACCGUGAACCACAUGCAACCAUCGAAUAACGCUCCGCCGCCACCACCUCCACCACCACCACCUCCACCCAUGCCAGGUUUAGCUCCCCCACCACCUCCUCCUCCAGCUGGGGUUUUUUUAAGUGAUAAACAUCCCAGGAAACCUCCAGUGGAGCCUUCACAACCCAUGAAGCCUCUUUACUGGACCAGAAUCCAGAUCCAGGAAAACAAUAACAACACGCUGUGGAAUGUUCUGGAGGAACCACAUAUAAUUAAUGCCGCUGAGUUCGAGGAUCUCUUCGCCAAAGCCACCACCAAGACCAAGAAGAAGCCGCUGUCAGAGGCCUAUGAGAAGAAAGCCAAAGCCAAGAAGCUCAUUAAGCUGCUGGACGGUAAGCGUUCUCAGGCUGUGGGAAUCCUCAUAUCAAGCCUCCACCUGGAGAUGAAAGAUAUACAACAAGCUGUGCUGACAGUGGAUCACUCUGUGGUGGACCUGGAGACCAUUGAAGCACUGUAUGAAAAUAGGGCUCAGCCUGAUGAGCUGGAGAGGAUCAAGAAACACUACGAGACCUCAGCAGAAGAGGAAGUUAAACUGCUGGACAAACCUGAACAGUUUCUGUACGAGCUCUCUCAGAUCCCAGACUUCGCCGGCAGAGCUCACUGCAUCAUCUUCCAGGCAGGAUUCAUCGACGGGAUCGCAUCCAUCCAAAGCAAACUCAACACAGUCUCCUCUGUGUGUAAGGCUCUGUUGGAGAACGAUGAUGUGAGGGAGGUGAUGGGACUGGUGUUGGCUCUGGGGAAUCACAUGAACGGUGGCAGCAGGAUCAGAGGGCAGGCUGAUGGCUUUGGACUCGACAUCCUGCCCAAACUCAAGGAUGUGAAAAGCAGGGAUAAUCGCAUCAGCCUGGUGGACUACGUGGUGUCAUACUACCUGCACAAUGUGGACAAGAAUGCCGGCACAGACAAGAGCAUAUUCCCCCUUCCUGAACCUCAGGACGUCUUCCUGGCAGCGCAGGUCGAGUUUGAUGACCUCAGCAAAGACUUGAGACAGCUGGGACGAGAUCUGACAAGAUGUGAAAAGGAUGUACAAAAGGUUUGCUCUGACUCUCCUGAAGAACACCUGCAGCCAUUUAAAGACAAGAUGGAGGCUUUUGUUAUCAGUGCACGAAAAGAACACGCUGAAGCUUCUUACGAGUUGAUGACUGCACAAAAAAGUUUUCAGGACUUGGUUCUGUACUUUGGACUGAAGCCUAAAUCGGGAGAGAAGCAGGUCAAGGCCGGUCAUUUCUUCAUGCUCUGGUUCGAGUUUUGCGCCGACUUCAAAGCCAGGUGGAAGAGGGAGAACAAGAACAUCUCUAAUGAGAGGCUGAAAGAGGCUCAGCUGUCUGUGAAGAGGAUCACAGGAGAGAAGAAAGUGGAGACCAGAAAGAUUAUCCCAAACAGUCUGAAAGAGCGACUGCGCCAGAAAGAAGCCAGCAUGUCUUCAGCUUAGAUUUAGGAGACUGAAAAAUAUACAACAAUUCUCACCAGCAUUUCAUAUAGCUCUUCUAUUUUUUUUUAUAUGUUCAUGAAUUGAUGCUAUUUACUAACU